AUGGAAGGUUUUCAAGUUUCCGUGUUUUUGCCCCAAAAAUUUCAAAGGAAAUCGUUGAUGACAGCUGGUUACAGCAGGAUUUUCAUGAGAAAUCUCUCAAGUUCGGGUCAAACAAAAGACUUUUUCAUAACUUUGUGUUCUUUAAGACAUUUUGAAGUUUCUUCUUUAAGAACAACUCAAAUUCCCACGACUAAGGUGAACAUGGAUAUAAAGUGA